AUCAUGACCUUGGUUAUCAUUUUCAUUUGGUAUAUCGCAAUAGCAACCGGCGUCGAGACAGAUUAAUACUUAUCGUAGUACCAUUUAUUCUGCUUCGUCGAUCUCUCGCAGCUUCUUAUAUCUUUACUUAAUAGUAAUUGUUAUUAUUUAAUUAUGUCGGAUACUGCUGGAAAGGUAAUUAAAUGUAAAGCUGCAGUAGCAUGGAAAGCAAAGGAGCCUCUUUCAAUUGAAGAAGUUGAGGUAGCUCCUCCAAAGGCCCAUGAAGUUAGAAUCAAAGUUGUUGCUGUAGCUUUGUGUCAUACAGAUGCUUAUACUCUAGACGGAUUAGACCCAGAAGGAAUUUUUCCAUGUAUUCUUGGUCAUGAAGGCAGUGGUAUUGUUGAGAGUGUUGGUGAAGGUGUUACAGAAUUCCAGCCAGGUGAUCAUGUAGUUCCAUUAUACAUUCCACAAUGCAAGGAUUGCAAAUUUUGUAACUCUCCAAAGACAAAUUUAUGUAGCAAGAUACGGGUAACCCAAGGGAAAGGUUUAAUGCCUGAUGGUACUUCCAGGUUUAUUUGCAAGGGUCAGACUAUUGCUCAUUUCAUGGGUUGCUCUACUUUUGCUGAAUAUACUAUAGUGGCUGAUAUUUCUCUGGCUAAGGUUGAUCCUAGUGCACCACUUGAAAAGAUUUGUUUGCUGGGUUGUGGAAUACCUACUGGAUACGGUGCUGCCUUGAACACAGCUAAAGUAGAACCUGAAAGCACAUGUGCUAUUUGGGGUUUGGGUGCAGUCGGUUUGGCAGUUGCACUUGGUUGUAAGAAGGCUGGUGCAAAACGUAUUAUUGGAGUAGAUGUGAAUCCAGGCAAAUUUGAACUUGCAAAAACAUUUGGAUGCAAUGAAUUCAUUAAUCCCAAGGACUAUGACAAACCAAUUCAAGAAGUUCUGAUAGAAUUAACUGAUGGUGGAUUGGAUUAUACUUUUGAAUGUGUCGGCAAUGUUAAUACUAUGAGAGCUGCUUUGGAGUCCUGUCAUAAAGGCUGGGGUACAUCUGUUAUUGUGGGUGUAGCUGCAGCUGGGCAGGAGAUCAGUACUCGUCCUUUCCAGUUGGUGACAGGUCGAGUAUGGAAAGGAACUGCAUUCGGUGGUUGGAAGUCUAAAGACAGUGUACCUAAACUGGUACAGGAAUACUUGUCAAAGUCUCUAAUGCUGGAUGAGUUUAUCACACAUACUCUUCCAUUCGAGAAAAUUAACGAGGGAUUUGAUUUAUUGCAUGGAGGAUCCUGCUUGAGAGCAGUGCUGAAAUACUAAAGGGGAAAGCAUAGGGUAACGUAAUGCCAGUCUUCAUAAAAUUUUUACUCUGAACACGUCGAACAGAACAUCUACUUUUUGUAACGAUCUUUAAAUAAAAAUAAUAUAUUCGAAA